AUGACGACCUCCGCAAUUUUCGAGAAGCUCGCAUUGCAUGCGCCUCAUCUGUCAGGCAGACAUGUGAUCCCUGCUUUGCCCGCCUUCGUAUACGGAACGGCGUGGAAAAAAGAGGCAACGGCUGACCUCGUCUACCAGGCCCUAUGCAACGAUUUCACAGCCAUUGAUACUGCCGCUCAACCUAAGCAUUACCGAGAGGACCUGGUCGCUGCUGGGAUCUCAAGGGCUAUCAAAGAUGGCAAGAUCAGGCGAUCCGAAGUCUACAUCCAAACGAAAUUCACCAGCGUGGGAGGUCAGGAUCCAGAGAACAUACCCUAUGAUCCAAAGAGUCCGCUCCGUGAGCAAGUGAAUGCAUCCGUCAUGUCGUCCCUCAAGAACUUCAACUUUACAGAUGUGGUGAAAGGAGACGACACGGCAGAGCCCUACAUUGAUACACUCGUUCUUCAUUCACCUAUGCCGACCAUCACCGAGACCUUGGAAGUCUGGCAGACCUUGGAGCAGUAUGUGCCCAACGAGAUCCGGAACCUGGGCAUUUCCAACUGCAACCUGUUCACCUUGAUGGACAUCUACGAGCGCGCUCGCAUCAAGCCGAGUGUGGUUCAGAAUCGUUUUUAUCCAAGCACCAAGUUUGACAUUGGAAUGCGCCAAUUCUGUCGGGAGCAGAAUAUUGUUUAUCAGAGCUUCUGGACACUGUCGGCCAACCCAAACCUCGUCUGGUCGAAUGAAGCAGGUUCUUUGGCAAACCAGCUUGGUAUCAGCCCCCAGUCGGCCCUGUACUGUUUGGUGCUGGGGUUGGGGAAUGUAACGGUGCUCAAUGGCACCAAGAGUGCUCAGCAUAUGCAGGAGGACUGGAGAGCAGUGAAGGUGGUGAAGGAUUUUGCACAAGCGCACCCUGAAGCAUGGAACCAGACAAUGACGGGCUUCCGAAAACUGAUCGGACAACCGAAGCCGUAG